UGAAGAAUAAUGUGCGGAGGAUGAAGAGCUCGUGAGAGGAUGCUGAAGUGUCGGUGUGAUCCGCUGGUUGUCGCACUCGGUGUGUGUUUGUGUUUGUGUCGGUGGUCCGGAGGGCGGAGCUGCGGGUCUCUGCGCCCCCGGUACCGACGGACACACCGAUCACUGCUGGGCGGAAGAGCGUCAUUUGAGCAGAAAACAGACCGAAAGAGAAGCAGCGCGCACGGGCUCAGCGCUCCAGUUAACGGAGAUCAAGCGGGACUCGAGCCGUGAACGCGACGACACAUCGAGAGUGAUUUUCUCUUUCUUCUGCUCCAGCAUGGAUUUACACACGGACGCUCGACAGGAGCGCGAUCCGCCCGCAUCACCGCCCGAGCGUCACUGAAGCAUCAUCCGCCCUGAACGCGAGAUCCGACCGCUCCGAUGCGAACAAAAGCCUCCGUGCGCCCGCAUUCACCUCCACCCUGACCGACCGCAGCGCCUCCAUCCGCAAUGAACAUCUAGAGGAGCGUCAGGCGAUGGGAUGAAAAUGAGACGGCACAGGGUUUUCUUGAUUUGCACGGUGGGACUGUGUGUUAUUUCCUUCCUGCAUUACUACAAGGCUCUCCACUACGUGUCCCUGCUGAGGGAGCUGUCUGCACCCUACCCUAACAUCAAAUCCUUCAUCAUGGUCACUGGUUUCUUCUGGAAGGAGGGCACCACCCCGUUGUCAAGCGCGUCCCCGGAGGAAGGACCUCCGCUGGUCCACAGCCUGUCGGAAGGCAAGCCUCGGGCUGGAGGAGGUGGUCUGGAGCUCGACACCGGACAAGAACCUGAAGCACCACGGCCGUGGAAGAGACCUGAAGAUCUGCAGCGCCGGAGCUCAGGCACUACAGAGGUUCAUAAGGGAGGUUUGGUCGCCUGGCAGCCCAGCAGUCCAACCAACCACAAGCCCGACCCACAGAGAGACGCUGCUGUCAGAGUUGCGGUGAACAAGCUUCAGCCGCGUCACGGAUCGACUCCAGACCCGCUGGAAUCCCUGGGCGACCUGCACCGCCGCACACAUGUCCUUCGGGAUGACCGUACCCCUUAUUUCGUCCGCACCAAAGCGGGUGCUCUGUGCUUCCGUCAGGGGACGGAGAUGGCACCGACGAAAGAUGAGACAUUGAAAGCGAGACCCAGUAUUGCUGGAAUGGGCCAGCGGAGAAUAUUGCAGAAGCCUGAUGAGUCAAAGACUCUAGCAAAAUCAGUGGAAGAGUCCGGUGCUGCUCGAGGGAAGCCAAAGCGUGGCAAGCGGCUGGUGAAGUGCGUCUGUCGGCCGGGCUGGCACGGUCCUUAUUGUGGCGUGCCCACCAUGGUCUACCACUCCAAUCUGCCCACGAAAGAGAGACUGACGCCACGUGAGACGCCCCGACGCGUCAUAAACGCCAUUAAUGUGAACCACGAGUUUGACCUGUUGCAUGUGCGCUUCCGCGAGCUCAUCCAGGCCGUGGAUCUCUUCCUCGUGUGCGAGUCCAACUUCACAGCAUACGGGGAAAGACGCCCGCUGAGAUUCCUGAAUCUGCUACUCAACGGAACGUACAAUUACGUGCGGCACAAGAUCCUCUAUGUCUUCCUGGACCAUUUCCCAGAUGGCGGCCGACAGGACGGAUGGAUCGCCGACGACUACCUGCGCACGUUCCUGACCCGUGACGGCAUGGCUCGGAUUGCGGGCGUGCGGUCCGAUGAUGUUUUUCUCAUCAACGAUGCUGAUGAAAUUCCAGCUCAGGAAGGAGUCCUUUUCCUUAAGCUUUUCGAUGGCUGGACGGAGCCUUUUGCCAUCCACAUGCGGAAAUCCCUAUAUGGAUUUUUCUGGAAGCAGCUGGGCUCCCUCGAGGUGGUGUCUGGGUGCACCGUCGGAAUGCUGAGGGACGUCUACGACAACGAUGGGAUUCGGCUUAGGCGGCGGGAGUACUACACCAUGCCGGGAUUCCGGAAGUACGAGAACGACACCGGCCACAUCUUGGUGCAGUGGUCAAUUGGAAGUCCAUUCCAUUUCGCAGGCUGGCACUGCUCCUGGUGUUUCACGCCAGAGGGAAUUCACUUUAAACUCAUUUCGGCCCAGAACGGGGACUUUCCUCGCUGGGGCGACUACGAGGACAAACGGGACCUCAACUACAUCCGGGAGCUGAUCCGAACGGGGGGCUGGUUUGACGGCUCUGUGCAGGAGUACCCGCCCUCGGACCCUAAGGAACAUAUGUAUGCCCCCAAAUACAUGUUGGAUAAUUACGAUCACUACCGCUACUUGUUGGAGAACCCUUAUGCCAUGCAGUCCAAACCAGGAGGCGCGUAGAGCGGAAUGCGGACCAAAUGCUUGGGAGAGAAGAGACCGCCGUCCUGUUCCUCUCUUUCCUCUCUCUCCCAUUGGUCAAGACCACUCGGCCUCACCCAACACCGUCCAAUGGCUGAACGCUUCAUGUGAACACAGGCCUUGCAGAGAACAAGCAAACCUUUCUGUUUUGGUCAAUGUUUACAUGAAGGUUCUGUGAGAGACUCUGCGCCUCCUGUAUUCACUGUACAUGACUGUGUGUGAGAGAGAGAGAGCGAAUGUGUGUGUGAGUGAAUUUCAUUGGUGCACAGACUUUCUUGCUUGCACUUAAGAAUAAAAAAAAAGAACUCAUUGCACAAAUGCCAAAUUUUUUUGGGUUUGUUGACAGCUUGUAAAUUCCUCUGAACUCAAAACGUCGUUUUCCUCGGCCAGAAAAAAAACUUUGUGUAUCAUUGUGAGCUGUUCUGAAUGAGUUUGUAGACGAGAGAGAGAGAGAGAGAGAAAGAGACCAUUACAGAGAAACAGAGCUUUGUUUGAGCUCUUCUGAUGGAGCUGAUAUGUGAGAUUUAGCCGAGCAAGAGAGGGAGAGGUUCACUCUGACAGAACAAAAACGAGCUUCCUGUUUUAGAAAUCCUUGCGGAAAACAUCCUAAAGCUGGAAAACGAGCUGUUUUCAAAGAAAAAGCAGAUAAUUAGUCUGCGAUAUUGUGCACAAAAAUGGGAAGACGCCAGAUAAAAUAAGACACAGGCUCUGUUCCAAGCUAGUGAACUGCCUACGUAGGCAUUUUAAGGCAUCAUAGGUGUGUCUUUGACACCAAGGUUGUUCCAAAUCAUAUGAUGCCUUCUAAGAUAUGUUCCUCUGGAAUUCUAAUUUACCCUUUCUAGAGAAGGCCUGAUCUGAGAGUGCAUUGCAACAAGCUACGUGAAAAAAAUCUAGCCACGAUGGUGGACGAAGACGUUGGCAUGCAGCGUUCAAUACCGAAAAGCAUUGAAAAUAAACGGUUCAAUCCAAUGUAUAUUUUUAUGCUUUUUAAGAAUUGUUAGCUUAACAACAUGCUUCAUACUUAACUGGAAUCAGCAAUGCAGCUCACUGUGUUUUGGAACAGAGCCAUGUAGCGUUUGGUGGUCUUGGCUCUCGUGUUUUAAUUUCAAGUUAGAACAGGAACAGUUUCUUAUGAAAUCCUGUGCCGGAAAUACCCUGUUCUCAGAGCAGUGAAGCCAUCUGAUCACAUUAGAGAUCUGUGGGGAAUUACAUUCACACGGCAGCACCAGAGAUCUGAAGAUUUGACAGGGAACGUUCUAGGAUAAUUCACUGACUUUGUCUUCUGGGGUUGUUAAAGUCAACAUGUAGUAACGUUGACUCUCUUGAUUCAUGUCGCUGCUCCUAUUGCGAAUGACUCAUUGUCAUUAUUCUGAAGAAAUAUAGCUGACGUCAAUCCCUCUUUAGAGACACAUUAUAAAGAAAAUGAAGUCCCAACCUACAUUUAUCCUCACAGAAUGCCUCAUUGCAAAAAAAUAUAUUACACAAGUGAAAUGGGAAGUGAAUGUCGUGUCAUGUUCACUUUAGGCUCCAGAAUGGUCAGCCAUAAACAAACUCCUCUAGACAUACGAUUAAAGUAGAAGAGGGAAUCAUUUCCGAAGAACAUUAUCUCUAUGUCAGACAUGCAUUGCUAAAAACAGGUCUUCAGAUAUAGGAACUAUCUUGGCGCGGGUUAAAGUACUGCCACCAAACCUUCACAGUGAAAUAAAUAUCACCAGUAGUCAAGGGUCAUGAACUAACAAAUGACUUCUGUCUGCCAUUCCUGCAGCAGUGCACAACAGCGGCACAUUAUAAACAGCCUAAAGAUAGAAAGAGCGUUAGAUGUCCCGAAGACAUAACGGAUCUCAGCAGAGACAGGUGCUCAAUCUCCGUCCACAUGUGUUUAUAACGAUCUCGGAUGCUUCAGUGUGGCCGUGACCCCUCGUCUGUCGUCAAAUGGGAAUUCAGCCUUUAUGCUCGCAGUAAAUGUGCUUGAGAGGAGCCUGUGUGAGCUGCAGACCUCUCGGCACGGAUGUCUCCAAAUCUGUGUGGUUUCCACAUGGGAAUACAUGUGGAAUAUUGACCUUUAUUCCAGUGACUUUUGAUGCAAUUGCAUCAGAUUCUUAUCCUGAAACACAAGCGUUUAUGAGCAGACUGUUUCAUUCUACCUAAAUCUGUAUAUCAAGCAGCUUACGUGAGCAGGAAUAUCUUUAUUAAUGGCCUUAUGAAUGACCUCAUGAAAUUCAUAUCUGGAGAAUCUGAGACACAAGGGCUGAGUUCACAUCUGCCGGGUCUCUUAUCUGUCGGUCGACGACCACCGUGCCACAUUUAGUUCAGAAGGACAUUUGAUUUACUUUGGUUUGAACUUGCGUAAGAUGCUCUGGGGGAUUUCGUCUUGAGUUUAAUGAUUGUUUUGCUCAUUUGAAUCAAAUGAAGGACUGUUUUGAGGCAUUUGGCUGUAGAUCAGGAACCGCUUUAGAUGACCUCUCUCUCUCAGUUAACAAACAUUCACUGUUUUGGACUUACUGUCAUUUUUGUUUUGUGUUGUUUGCUGUUGUAAAUGUUGUUGCUGUUUACAUUUAUUUAUCUAAUUUAUUACUAUCCUGUUUCUGUGUACAAAAGGGAAGGUCGAUCUGUCAGACGAGAGAGAUGCUGCAAGUUCUUCUCUGACUCUGUAUGAAAGACUGAAAUGUCUCUCUCUUCCAUGUCAUCCCUCCAUCCUGUCCAUUCACCCCAUAUUAUUCAUCUUAAACAUGAAGUCUGCCAUUAACUUUCUUGGCUAGAAACACUUUACGCUAGUAUGCAAAUGCCACUGAACCUCAAGUAGGUGAAAGAGAUUCCUUCAAAUGUUUAAUUGGAUGUGGUAGGUUUAAGGAAACGGUGUGGCUGGACCUUCAAGCUCCACCCAUUAUACCCAGAGAGGAGGAGCUGAACAUCAAGCUCCACCCGUAUCGUGCAGAGAGAAGGAGCUAGCCGUCAAGCUCCACCCAUUACACCCAGAAAGGUGGAGCUCGGGGUCAAGCUCCUUCAUUAUACCUAGAGAGGAGGAGCUGAAAAUUAAGCUCCACCCAUAUCGUGCAGAGAAAAGGAGCUGAACAUCAAGCUCCACCCAUUACACCCAGAGAGGUGGAGCUCGGGGUCAUGCUCCACCCAUUAUACCCCGAGAGGUGGAGCUCUGGGUCAAGCUCCUUCAUUAUACCUAGAGAGGAGGAGCUGAACAUCAAGCUCCACCCAUAUCGUGCAGAGAAAAGGAGCUGAACGUCAAGCUCCACCCAUUACACCCAGAGAGGUGGAGCUCGGGGUCAUGCUCCACCCAUUAUACCCCGGGAGGUGGAGCUCUGGGUCAAGUUCCUUCAUUAUACCUAGAGAGGAGGAGCUGAACAUCAAGCUCCACCCGUAUCGUGCAGAGAGAAGGAGCUGGCCGUCAAGCUCCACCUAUUACACCCAGAAAGGUGGAGCUCGAGGUCAAGCUCCACCCAUUAUACCCCGAGAGGUGGAGCUCUGGGUCAAACUCCUUCAUUAUACCUAGAGAGGAGGAGCUGAACAUCAAGCUCCACCCAUAUCGUGCAGAGAAAAGGAGCUGAACAUCAAGCUCCACCCAUUACACCCAGAGAGGUGGAGCUCGGGGUCAAGCUCCACCCAUUACACCCAGAAAUGUGAAGCUCGGGGUCAAGCUCCACCCAUUAUACCCAGAGAUGUGAAGCUCGUGGUCAAGCUCCACCCAUUACACCCAGAAAUGUGAAGCUCGGGGUCAAGCUCCACCCAUUAUACCCAGAGAUGUGAAGCUCGGGGUCAAGCUCCACCCAUUACACCCAGAGAUGUGAAGCUCGGGGUCAAGCUCCACCCAUUAUACCCAGAGAUGUGGAGCUGGACAUCAAGCUCCACCUAUUACACCCAUAGAGGAGGAGCUCAGGGUCAAGUUCCACCCAUAUCAUGCAGAGAGGUGGAGCUGGAUGGCAAGCUUCGCCCAUUACACCCAGAGAGGAGGGGCUAUAAUUUGCCCUUUUUAGUAAAUUCUAGCUCUAAAUCUGAACUAGUGUCAACAGCUCCAGACUACUGCUGCCUUCACGUGCUAUUGGAAUUAUCAUAAAUACAAGUUUCCUAGUUAAAAAUCGGACACCCUCUCAAGUCGUAUUUUCCAUUGGGAAGCUUGGGGAUCAUUUUGAUACCCAAGUUUCUGAGAUAUGCAGGCCAUAAACUUUAAACAUUGCGGAGUUUAGAACGAUUGCUAUUCUUUAUUAGUUUUUAUAAUUUUUUUCUCCUUGUCGUUAAAGUUUAUUUAUUACAUAUAUGAAUAAUCAAUUGAAGCAUAUGUUUUAUACACCACGAAAACAGUCAGCAAGCUAUCUAGAUAGCGCGGUGAAUAAGGUUUAUAUGGUUGUCAAUGAAUGGGACGCUAAAUAUCAUUUGGCCAUAAUAAGAUUUUCCCAAUAAAUAGGCAAGAAUAAACCUGCCAUCCUUCUUUCCGACAACAAAGCACUCGAUGAGCUUGUCAUCACAACUUCAGAAGUGGAAAGUGAAAACAUUUCCGAUAGCACUUGAAGGCAGCAUUCAAAUCUGGACAAAAGUCGUGUAGUGAAUUCUAACCUCGAUAAGAUGCUCUUCAAACUGUAGAGGAAAGAGAAUCGCCGAAGAACGCCUGCGCAGUUCGUUUGCAUACUGGCGUAGAGUUUGUUUUGGGUCAUUAUCUUGCUUUUGUCUUGUGAAUCACCUGUGAACGGUGUCGUCUCAUGCUUCAGGGAGCUUUGCUCGCAGCUCACAUGCUGUUUGUUCUGUGAUAAACGGAUGAAUGGAAAAAUGUUUAUAUAAAACACAGGACAGGCUUUAUAAUGGAAUGGAGCAGGUGCUCGUCUGUGCUUCAUCACAGAUCAAAAGAAAUUCUGACGUAAAUCAUGAGGUGACAUAUGGACACACACACCGAACACCUGAAAAUGAAAUAUUAAAGCAUAUUCAUGAUUGAGCCCUUUUGUGUGAGAGCUGUACUCUCCAAACUGUUCAUAUCUGCACUGCAUUUUAUAAUUUCGAAAGUGUAACUUAUUCAGUGUGUUCUGCUUUAAUAUAUUAAAGGGUUUUUUCUUUCUUUAUAUUUUCUGGUGAAGUUAAUAUUUGUCACUUGAUGUGUAAUCUUGUAUAAGAUACUCAUAUAACAUAAAGAUCAGUCUAUCAUGUUUGUCACUAUUAUUGAUGCACUGUAUGGGUUUUUGUUCCGCUAAUCAAUCCAGUUUUAUCUCUCCUGUGAUCUGACAUUAUACGUGCUGCGGUGGGAUCACUCUCCUCCAAUCACAUCCACUCUUCUCUCUCUCUCUCCGCCAAUCAUGUCCACUGAUCUGUCCCUCUCCACCAGAUCCGUGUGGGAGAGUGUCUCAUGCUGGUUUACUGAUGGAAUCAUUUCUCUGAUUGAACCCUAUAGUCAGAUGAACGACGUAUCAGUGAGGAAAGAGUGAAAGUGUGUGAAAAGAAGAGAAUAGUUCUCUUCUGCACUGGUAAGAAGGAGUGUGUACAUGAAAUGAGUUUAUACAAUCCUUUUUGUUUUGUGUAUAUGAAUGGCUAUAUGUUAACCUUGAAUAAAAAUAACAAAUUCUAUGACAAAAACUAUAAUAAAUUAAUUUGAAAACCA